AUGGUGGAAGGCAGUGACGGCAGUAUGGAAGAGAAGGUUAUAAAUGAGGAAUAUAAGAUCUGGAAGAAAAAUACGCCUUUCCUGUAUGACAUGGUAAUGACGCAUGCCCUGGAGUGGCCUAGUCUUACUGUACAAUGGUUGCCAGACAUACAGAAGGCCGAGAAUGGCGACUACACCACACAACGUCUUAUUCUGGGAACGCAUACAUCAGAUGAACAGAAUCAUCUGUUAAUUAGCAAGAUACAGUUGCCAACCGAUGACGCUCAGUUUGAUGCUUCACGAUAUGAUACGGAAAAGGGUGAGUUCGGUGGUUUUGGAGCUAUUACCGGAAAAGUGGAGACUGAAAUUAAAAUUAACCAUGAUGGAGAAGUUAACCGAGCUCGUUAUAUGCCUCAGAACCCUGUGAUCAUUGCAACGAAGUCACCCAGUGCUGAGGUCUUUGUAUUCGACUACACUAAGCAUUCCUCUGUACCUAAGGACAAUCAGUGCAAACCUCAACUACGUCUUCGAGGUCACACGAAGGAGGGUUACGGUCUUUCGUGGAACCCAAACAAACAGGGUCACAUCUUAUCGGCUUCUGACGACAUGACGGUCUGCUUAUGGGAUGUGCAGGCGAAUGAGAUUAGCGCCGGAUAUUUGGAUGCAAAAACCAUUUUCAAAGGCCACUCUGCUGUCGUUGAAGAUGUUGCUUGGCACGUGCUCCACGAAGCUGUUUUUGGAUCUGUCGGCGAUGACCACAAGCUUAUGAUUUGGGACAUUCGAGGAAGCCAACCAGCGCAUACCGUCGAUGCACAUUCUGCUGAAGUUAACUGCCUGUCAUUUAAUCCUUACUCUGAAUUCAUCUUGGCUACUGGUAGUGCUGAUAAGACCGUUGCGCUGUGGGACCUGCGAAACAUGAAACUCAAAUUGCAUUCGUUCGAGUCACACAAGGACGAGAUCUUCCAAGUCCAGUGGAGUCCACAUAAUGAGACUAUUUUGGCCAGCAGUGGAACUGAUAGGAGACUUCAUGUUUGGGAUCUCUCGAAGAUCGGUGAGGAACAAACUCCUGAAGAUGCGGAGGAUGGUCCUCCAGAGCUUCUCUUCAUCCAUGGUGGCCAUACUGCGAAAAUUAGUGACUUCUCGUGGAAUCCCAAUGAACCAUGGGUUGUAUGUAGUGUCUCCGAAGAUAAUAUUAUGCAGGUGUGGCAAAUGGCAGACAAUAUUUAUAACGAAGGAGAGGAGGAAACACCUGCUGAGCAGUUGGAGCGAUAA